GAAUGGGCAGGUCUCAUCAAGCAGUAUCAGCGUUCCCGUUUGCAGGCCAAUCGCUCAUUAGGCUUAAUGAAGUAUUUGUAAACAGACGUGUAAUCAUAGCGUAAAUCACGACGACUCAUAUCUCAAUCGAUGACAAUUCGCUUUUUUGCAAACCCUACUUUAUCGAUUUUAUGAGGUCAUUUAAAGCCAAUCACUGAGGUACUGAGGUCUUUUCGCUAUUCAAACGAAAGUGUAUUAAGUAAAGAUGUUGAGAACCCUCUACACUUUAGCAAUCUAGUAGGGCAGAUUCCUAGUCAUCUAGAUAAGAGUAACCACCAGUAGAGUUGUAGCUACUUCAUGUUAUCACUUCCAAAGCAAUCCCAACCAGCGCUCCUAGAUAGUUCUUCCGUUCCCUAAUCGUCUUAUCAGUGCCAUGCAUCGUCGUGCUCUUGGAAGAUAUUAUCCCGCGACUUGGUGAUCUCUCUUUGCGGAGCUGCACGUAGCACAAGUAGACUCAACUUAGUCCACGUUAGAUCAUCAUUUGGAUACGUUCGUGACGCGUUUCAGGCUGAGCGAUGGAACCCAGCAGAUUGGUACUGUACACGAACCGCAAGAGUCCACCGUGCCGAGCCGUGAAGCUGACUGCCCGUGCACUCGGCAUCGAGCUAGUCGAAAAGGAGAUGACGCUGCUGCGCGGUGACAAGCUGAUGGAAGAGUUCCUCAAGGUGAAUCCACAGCAAACCAUACCCGUGCUGGACGAUGGUGGCAUCGUUAUCACCGCAAGCCAUGCCAUCAUGAUUUAUCUCGUGUGCAAGUACGGCCGCGACGACGGUCUCUAUCCGAGCGAGCUGGUACGGCGGGCCCGGGUCCACACGGCACUACACCUCGAGGCGGGUGUAAUCUUUUCGCGGUUAAGUUUUCUGUUUGAACCGGUCAUUUAUUCGGGCAAAUCGUACUUCCACUCCGAUCGGAUCGAACACAUCCGGAAGGCGUACCGCUUGUUGGAGGAUUCGCUCGUCGAUCAGUACAUGGUGGGCGAGAGUCUCACGAUUGCCGACUUUAGCUGCAUCUCCAGCAUUGCCACGCUGGUCGGUGUGGUACCGCUGGACGAGUCCAAGUUCCCGAAGAGCACGGCCUGGAUGCGGCGCAUGCAGGAGCUGCCGUACUACGAGGAAGCGAACGGUACCGGGGCGCUCGAGCUGGCCGAGUUUGUGCUGGGCAAGAAGGAAGCCAAUGCUUCCCAGUUCCUGUGACGGAAAAGGGGUGACGAAUCUCUAUGGUAAUAAAACACAGCGUCUCGUUUAUUUGAUUUUUAAAUGCAAA